AUGAAACCCCUGUUAGUGUUUCCUGAAACUCCCGUAGAUGCGCACAAAAUCUCUAGUCAGCAUUCGAGCUUUGCCGAUAGCGUCUCCGACGAAGCUAAUUCGACGGCGGUUAACGAACUCCAACACACGAGCUUUGCCGAUAGCGUCUCCGACGAAGCUGAUUCGACGGCGGUUAACGAACUCCAGCACGCGAGCUUUGCCGAUAGCGUCUCCGACGAAGCUGAUUCGACGGGCAGUUAA